AUGGCCGAGCGGGGAGCUCUGUCGCUCCUCUCUCUCCUCUGUCUCACCUUUCUCUACACGGAGACCACCGCGGCAAAGCAUGUCGACAAAGGUUCAGCAGCGCAGCCCUUCAGCCCCUUCUGGUUCACGGUGGAGCCCCAGGACACUCUGGCCAUCCGGGGAAACUCGGCACUGCUCAACUGCUCGGCCCACAGCGACGCAGCCACGCCAGCACGCAUAGAGUGGAAGAAAGACGGAACCUUCAUGAGCCUGAUUUCAGACGAGAGAAGAAACAUACUUCCCGAUGGCUCGCUGCUCUUCACCCACGUCACCCAUAAUAAGCACAAUAAGCCUGACGAGGGCACCUAUCAGUGUGUUGCCACCAUCGACAACCUCGGGUCCAUUUCCAGCCAGACGGCCCGUCUCUCAGUAGCAGGGAUGCCGCGGUUCGCCAGCCAGCCAACUCCGACCACUGUGCAUCUAGGGAACAACCAGGUGAUGGCGUGUGAGGUCAACUCAGAUCUGAUACCCUUCACCAGGUGGGAGAAGGACCGCCUGCCGCUGGAGAUGAGCUCAAGGCUGGUCCAGCUGCCCAGCGGAGCCCUGGUGAUCAGCAACGCUUCGGAGGCAGACGCCGGCCUGUACCGCUGCAUGGUGGAAAAUGUGGGGUCGUCGAAGUCCAGCGACGAGGCCCAGCUCCAAGUAGUGCCAGAAACUGGAGAAGAGAGGAAGCUGGAGUUCCUGGUGCAGCCUGCAGCGGUCUCUAAGGUGGUGGGGGCCAGCGUGCUGCUGCCCUGCGGCGUCAUGGGUUACCCUGCGCCACACAUUCGCUGGAUGUUUGGAGACAAGUUGCUGGAAGAAAGUGAGGGUCGUGUGGAGCUGCUGGGAGGAGGCAGUAUUCAGAUCUUCAAUCUCACAGAGGAGGAUGCCGGCAUUUACACCUGCAUGGCGGACAAUGCCAACGCAACCAUUGAAGCCCAGGCCCAACUCACCAUACAAGUUCCUCCCCAGUUUGUCAAGCGGCCAGACAACGUUUACGCCUACGAGUCCAUGGACAUCAUCUUUGACUGUGAGGUUUCAGGGGUCCCCGCUCCCACUGUCAAAUGGGUCAAGAAUGGAGAUGCUGUCAUCCCCAGCGACUACUUCAAAAUAAUUAAGGAGCACAACCUGCAGGUCCUGGGUCUGGUGAAGUCAGAUGAGGGUUUCUAUCAGUGCCUUGCGGAAAACGAUGCAGGAAACAUCCAGUCCAGCGCUCAGCUCAUCAUCUUGGAUCACGAUGUAGCCCUGCCCUCUUUCCCCCCCCCCUCACUGACUCCUAACACUACUGACCAUGUAACGCCAGGCUCCGGAGGUGUAGCCGGUCCAGCGGGGCCCUCCCCCUCCGCCCCUCGAGACGUCGUGGCUUCGCUGGUCUCCACUCGCUUCAUCAAGCUGACCUGGCGCCCGCCAGCCGAACCUCACGGAGACGAGUUAACCUACUCUGUGUUCUACAGCCAGGAGGGCACCAGCAGGGAGCGGGUAGUGAAUACCAGCCGCCCCGGGGAGAUGCAGGUCACCAUCCAGAACCUCAUGCCAGACUCCAAAUAUCGCUUCAGGGUUGUGGCCCAUAACAGCAACGGGCAGGGAGAGAGCUCUGCAGCGCUCAAAGUGGCCACCCAGGCUGAAGUUCAAGUGCCCGGUCCUGCUCCGAACCUGCAGGCGGUGUCCAACACGCCCACCUCCGUCUCUCUGAGCUGGGACAAACCCAUCACUGGCAACGGAGAGAUGCUCACCUACAAGGUGUUCUACACAGACAAAAGCUUUGACAACGAACAGGACGUUGACGUUGACAUUCAGUCCUACACCAUGACAGGCCUGAAGAAGAACACAGAGUACAGUUUCCGUGUGGUGGCCAACAACAAGCACGGGCCGGGGGUCUCCACUGACGAUGUGGCCGUUCGCACGCUGUCUGAUGUACCCAGUGCUCCUCCUCAAAACCUCACCCUGGAGGUUCAGAACUCAAAGGGCAUCAUGCUUCGGUGGAACCCCCCACCCCUUAGUGACCAGAAUGGGGAGAUCACCGGCUACAAGAUCAGAUACCGGAAAGGUUCCCGUAGGAGUGAAGCAGCCGAGACCACCGGAGGCACCCAGCUGAACAAGAUCAUUGACGGUUUGGAGCGUGGGACUGAGUACUCCUUUCGGGUGUCGGCCAUUACUGUGAACGGCACGGGGCCGGCCACCGAGUGGACCACAACUGAGACGUUUGAGAGCGACCUGGAUGAAUCCCGUGUACCCGACCAGCCCAGCUCUCUCCACGUCCGGCCGCUGGUCAACAGCAUCGUGGUGAGCUGGACGCCUCCAGAGAACCAGGACAUUGUGGUGAGGGGCUACACCAUCGGCUAUGGCAUCGGUAGUCCCCAUGCCCAGACCAUCAAAGUGGACUAUAAGCAGCGCUACUACACUAUCGAGAACCUCUUCCCCAGCUCCCACUAUGUCAUCACCCUGAAGGCUUACAAUAACGUGGGUGAGGGGAUCCCGGUGUACGAGAGCGCCAUCACCAGACCGCAGUCAGACCCCAUAGACCCCGAUGUUGACAUGUCUAUCAACUAUCAUGCUCCAUACACCCCAGUCCCAGACCCCUCUCCCAUGAUGCCGCCUGUGGGUGUUCAGUCCUCCGUGCUGAGCCACGACACCAUCAAGGUGACCUGGGCCGACAACUCGCUGCCCAAGAACCAAAAGAUCACAGAUAACCGCUUCUACACCGUCCGCUGGAAGACCAACAUCCCUGCCAACACUAAAGUGAAGAUGGCCAACACCACCAGCCUGAACCACAUGGUGACGGGUCUGAAGCCAAACACGCUGUACGAGUUCUCCGUCAUGGUGACCAAAGGGCGCCGCACCAGCACGUGGAGCAUGACUGCUCAGGGCACCACCUUUGAAACCAUUCCCAGCUCCUCCCCGAAAGACGUUACCGUGGUGAGCAAGGAGAACAAACCUCGCACCAUAAUCGUCAACUGGCAGCCUCCCUCCGAGGCCAACGGGAAGAUCACUGGCUACAUCAUCUACUACAGUACAGAUGUCAACGCUGAGGUCCAUGACUGGGUUAUCGAACCAGUGGUUGGCAACCGCCUGACCCACCAGAUCCAGGAGCUGACGCUGGACACCACUUACUACUUCAAGAUCCAGGCCCGAAACUCAAAGGGCAUGGGCCCCAUGUCUGAGGCUGUACAAUUCCGAACUCCAAAGACCUCAAAUCUGCCACCCAAGCAGGGCCACCCAGGAAACCCAGAUCGCGAUGGAAAUCCAGUUGGUAAAUCAGGGGUUGGAGGCAACAGUGAAGGUCACAUCCUGGUUAUCGUCAUCAUCAUCUCAGUGGGAGCCUUCACCAUCAUCGUGGUGGUGGUCGGGGCCUUCCUGUGCACACGGCGCACCACGUCCCACCAGAAAAAAAAGCGGGCUGCCUCAAAAUCCUCAAACGGCUCACACAAAUACAAGGGAAACUCCAAAGACCUGAAGCCCCCUGAUCUUUGGAUUCACCACGAGAGGCUGGAACUCAAACCCAUGGACAAGUCGCCGGAUCCCAACCCAGUCAUGACGGAAACGCCCAUCCCCCGCACCUCGCAGGACAUCACGCCGGCUGACAGCAGCCUAGAGAACAACCCCCACCUCCAGCAGCGGCGAAACUCCUACCGCGGCCACGAAUCAGAGGACAGCAUGUCUACACUAGCAGGCCGACGAGGGAUGAGGCCUAAAAUGAUGAUGCCUUUUGACUCACAGCCGCCUCAGCCUGUGAUUAGUGCUCAUCCCAUCCAUUCCCUUGAUAACCAUCACCACCAUUAUCACAUGGGCAGCCUGGCGUCGCCGACACGCAGCUACAUGUACCACCAGGGCGGCGGGCACCCUCGCCCGCACGCCUGUGCCACCCCCAUCUCCCAUCUAGAGAGGGUGGACUCUACAGAGUCGGUGAGGAACACCCCCAGUUCAGAGCCCCUCCCCCCAGCAACCGCCUCCUCCCAGGUCUCCUGCCCCUCGGAGAUCAUGGUGGACCCUGAGGGCAGUUACCACGGUUCCUCCACCACCGAGGAAGAGCCCAGCUACUCCAGCAACCUGCCCCCCCCUCGCUCGGCACACCCCCACGCCCACGCCCACCCCCUCAAGAGCUUCGCCGUGCCUGCCAUCCCAGCCGGCAGCCAUCCGUCGUACGAGUCGUCCGCCCUGCCCAGCCCACAGCUUCACGCUCAGGCCGGGAUUCCUACUCACCCCCAUGUUGUUAAAACAGCCUCUAUUGGAACACUAGGAAGGACACGAACUCCGAUGAUCGUCACCGUGCCCAACGCCCCUGACGUACCAGAGACCAGCAAGAUGCUGGAAGAUGUCGACAGCAGCUACGAGCCCGACGAGCUGACCGAGGAGAUGGCCCACCUCGAGGGUCUCAUGAAGGACCUCAACGCCAUCACCACAGCGCCAUGAGCACGCACACACACCUACACACACACUUUCUCUGUCAUCCACACGUACACACGGAAAGACACACACUCUAAAGUCAAACAAACACACCCAAACAGGAACCUUGGGAGCCAGAUGCUGGUGGACACAAAAUAGCUUAUUGUGCCCAAAACAAACUCUCACGUCCCCUUGCAGAAACAAACAAACAAACUCCAGACUGAAACUUUUUUCGGCUUACCUUGCUCAGUCUCAGGAAGGAGAUUGCCAUGAGAGGGAAGACAAAGUGACGCGCUUCAUCUUUUAUGAAGAACCAUUCUCAGAGACAAUGAACUUUAAAACAUUGGUCGCUUUCAACCGGAAGAUUGUGAAUUUUUUCCUCAGCAAAAAUAUGUACGUAAGGUUUUUUGUGGCGAACGUUUGCUCAAGAUGAGACAAUGGUUUCAAUGUCAAGUCAAAAGGAGAAAGUCCAAAAAUAUGCUGGUUUUGAUGUUGGUGCUCAUGCAGCGCAGUCUACACACAGUGUUUGUUUGAUUAGUGUUUUCUUUGUGCAUUUUGUAUAUCUAUUGGGCCGUUUCAGUGAAGUGAACAUUGGAUAUCAGCCCCCCCUCCCCCUUUACAAGCCUACAUUCAUAAACCUUGUCAUUUUAUUUCUGUUUUUAUCCCCUUGUGUCAUAUAUUGUGCCAUGACUUUUUAUUAUUUUCUAUGUUAUUGUAUUGUUUUUUUACACACAUAUCCUUAUAAACAUGUACAUAUGUUGUGUUUUUUUUAAACUGCCUCAUUCUUUUGAUGUUUCCCAUUGUUUCAUUAUUAUUAUUUUGGAUGAAAGGUGGGAUUAAGAGUGAGUCCUGAAGCUCAGUUUUCAUAUCAAAAGGGGAGAGAAGCCGGAUGUGUUUUACAGUACAUUCUUCUCUGGCAUAGUGUUGUCCCCUAUGUACAUUAAAAACCUUUUAUUUCUCAGUCUUUUGUUUGAUGUGGGAGCUCCAUUUUAAAAGCCUUACCAACCUGUUUGUAUGUUGGAGACGUCUUGGCUUUUGCAGAUGUCGCUCGGAGGUGUGCUGCGUUUCUAUGUAGUUCUGUGGGACAGUAUCCCCUCUCAGGUCAGGGGUACCUACAGUAGGACUCAGGGCGCUGACCCCCACCCCUGCAAAAAGAAGAAAUCACCCAUUAAUCAAUCAAUCAAUCACCUGCAACAGACCAGUUAUCUUUUGUAUGAGAAGUGAUCAAAAGCGUGUGUCGUUCCCAAAAACCAAUAUUUGGUUUUAGGUGUCCGUACUGCUCAACCAUGUGUGCGUUUUCCCACAGCAACGUGUGUUUGCUGUUUCUUUUCCUGCUGUUCUUCAUCAAAUGCCCUGGUUCUUUAACAAAUCUUACAAGAUGCAAAGAUGUUGGCCUUUUAAAUAGGACUCCCGGAUUUUUUUUUUACAUGGUAGUUUUUGUAUGAAAAAAAAAGAAGCUUGUUCUAUACACAAAUCUGAUAAACUAGUUUUUCAUUA